UCUCUGUGUACAAAUUCCAAUUUGCAGGUUUCAAGUGACCUAAAAUUGUCCCACACAUAGAUUUAUUACUUCAUACAUCAUGAAAAAUCUUUAAAAAUCACAUCACCGUCACUUGUGAUGACUCUUUAGUGUAGUAGCAUGUAGCGUGAUAUGAUUUCGUGCUGGUACCCUUAACAGUUAAUUUAUCGUAGUGCAUCCCGGCCGAUCAUGCGGGGCUAUUUGAGCAAGUGAAAGUAUUAUUUGUUGUGUAAAUUCAAUUAAUGGAAAGCCUGCAUCUGUAAAUGCGUAUGUGUGUCAAAAUCUGUGUCAUCAAGUAAAGUAGCCUGCAUGCUCCACAUGUUUAAAGCAUUUUGUGUAUACAUCAACACAGGAUGACAGUGCACAUGGGAAGUGAGCAUGUAUAAAAGGGCAAAGUUGGGAAUAAGGUGCUUCAGACACCUAGAGGGAGAGCAAGAAAGAUUAACAGAGUGUGAAAGUGAAGCACUUAAGGAGAGAUGCGGCUUAUUAAUGAAUAACAAGCACAUUUCCAAUUUCCUGCUUUAGCUAAGAUUUAAAAGAAGGAUAGAGAGUUUUGAAACACAAGUUACGAAGAGAGAGAGGGAGAGCGAUCGAUAAAGGAAGACUGCUGGUGAUUGUUUGUGAUUCGCACCUUCACCCGCGGCAAGACUGUUGGAUAUCAGCUGAAGAUCUUCUGUUGCAGAUUGACCGACACUCAAAAUGACACGUUCUCUGAGAGGGGUGUUUAAAGAGUACAUGUCAGAGCGGCGGAUUCGAAAGAGUCGCCUUGUGAACAAAAAUGGCCGCUGCAACAUCGAGUACGGCAAUGUGAUGCACAAAACCCGCUUUGCCUACCUCCUAGACAUAUGGACCACCUUUGUGGAGACCCGAUGGCGAUAUGUGAUCUUGCAGUUUGUGGCUUCUUUCGCACUCAGCUGGUUCAUAUUCGGCAUGAUUUGGUACUGGAUCGCACGAAACAACGGUGACCUCGCGUGGCAGAAUCCACCCACAGACCACAUGUUAUGUGUGGGGAACGUCAUGAACCUGGCCUCUGCCUUUCUUUUUUCGUUGGAGACCCAAGCCACUAUUGGCUAUGGUUACAGAUACAUUACAUAUCUCUGUCCCGGAGCCAUCACGCUGCUCAUAAUUCAGACUAUUAUGGGCUCCCUUAUCGAGUGCUUCUGGUGUGGUGUGGUCAUGACAAAAAUCGCCCUACCCAAAAAGAGAGCCAAGACUAUACAGUUCAGCGAGUCCGCAGUGAUCUGCCCCAAAAAGGGCACCCUCUGUCUUCAGAUCCGCGUGGCCAACCUUCGUAAGACCCUGAUGAUCGGCAGUCAGAUUUACGGCAAGCUGCUGAGGACAACAGUCACGCCGGAGGGUGAAACUAUCAUCCUGGACCAGGUCAAUAUUGACUUCACGGUGGAUGCUGGCAAGGACAAUCUUUUUUUUGUGUGUCCGCUGACACUGUACCACGUGAUCAAUAAAACAAGUCCAUUCUAUGAAAUGGCAGUGGACACUUUACAUCAGCAGGAGUUUGAGCUUGUGGUCUUCCUGGAUGGGACAGCCGAGUCCACCAGCUCCUCCUGCCAGGUCAGGACUUCUUACAUCCCCCAGGAAAUCAUGUGGGGUUACGACUUCCUCCCCAUCAUCUCUCGCAGCAAAGAGGGAAAAUACUGCGUGGACUUUUCCAACUUCUGCAAAUUGGUGGCCGUGCCAACCGCCCAUUGCUCCCGUUGCUACCACAACGAGGCAGGGCAUCAUCACCACUCGAGAUCUGGCAUUGAAAACCGGGGCUUUGAGGCGAUUGACAUCGAUGUACCCAACCAUGUGAUGUGAUGUGAUGAUCAGAGGUACAGGGUGUUACAAUCCUGUUCUGUUUCUCAUGAACCAUGCAGUCAUGCUUGUUUUAUGUACACUACAUUACUGUCAUGGUUGUGUUUAAUGUGGAUAAUCUGUUUAUGUUUGUUUUAUAAAGUUUAUGUUUAUUUUAUACUCUUCAUCACUCUCUUUGGAUUACACACCCUGUGCCGAAAUACAGGGCAUUGAUUCAGGUGCGUUGAAAUGAAAUUUUUAUGGUGUUUUACUGUAGCAACACUGUAAUUUACACAUUAUUUCAGAAAAUAAAUUUCUUAUGUUAAGGCAACAAGGGAAAAGUGGAAUGAUUGUAUUGCUGCAAUGUGGGCAAUUUAUUUUUUUAAACAUAUUUAUUUGUAUUUAUUUUGGGGCUGAUACUUAGACCUCUUUGUUUAAAUCUGACCUUCACUUAAACCUUGUUUAAAAACAAUAUUUCUGUCCCUAAAUGAUAAAGAUUAAAGUGUGAAAGGUAUGAAAGUAGAGCCAUCUUUUGUUACAGGUUCAUUGCAUUGGAGUGGGAAUAUUAACUAAAUUUCUCUUUAUCUAGUUAUCUGAAUGGUUAACAUAAACAUCAAUGAACUAGAGAAUAGUCUGUAUUUCUGCAGAUGUUUAUAGCUGUUUAUAACUCGGGAUGAUGUACAGUAAAGUAUGUAAAUGUUGUAAAUUAUUAGGUAAUGUUAUAUUAAGAUAUUAUUUGUAUAUGU